UCCUUAAAUAAAUCCAACAGUUAUGUAUAGGAAGUGGUUGGUUUCCAUUUGCGGACCCAAAGCCUCCAACGACAACACACCUAACUAAGUGCAAAACAGAGUUCCAUAACGAUGUCGUUUCCGGAGGAUCCGGUGGUAAAGUCCGAGAUUUCUCCGCCGAAUUCAUACGGCGCUGUGGUCCUCGGCGGUACCUUUGACCGUUUACACAACGGCCACCGCCGCUUUCUCAAGGCAGCGGUAGAGCUGGCAAGGGAUCGAAUAGUAGUUGGAGUUUGUGACGGACCGAUGUUGACUAACAAGCAGUUCUCAGAUAUAAUACAGCCCAUUGAGGAAAGGAUCCAUAAUGUUGAAAAUUACAUCAAGUCUAUCAAGCCAGAGCUGGUAGUGCAAGUUGAACCUAUCACAGACCCCUAUGGCCCUUCAAUUGUAGAUGAAAAUUUGGAGGCAAUUGUUGUCAGCAAGGAGACAUUACCAGGUGGACUGUCAGUUAAUAAGAAAAGAGCGGACAGAGGUUUUUCACAACUAAAGAUUGAAGUUGUAGAUCUGGUUUCUGAAGAAUCUAGUGGAGAGAAACUAAGUUCGACAACAUUAAGGAAGCUUGAGGCUGAGAAGGCCAAGAAACAACAGGUGGAGUGGGUUUUGCAAAUUCUUGCAAAGAUGAAUGAUCUUAUGACAAAAUCGUUCUUAAGUUAUGUGGAACUGAAGAGACAGGCCCAGAAGGACCUUGAAGACAAUCGUGAAGACUCUGACGAACCGAACCUCUCUCAGUUCUUUCAGGAAGUUGAUGCAAUCAAGGCCGAAAUGGAAGAGAUCACCAAUCUCUUGUUUGAUAUUCAACACCUGAAUGAAGAGACAAAGUCUACCCACAGCGCUAAAGUUCUUCGCGGGCUAAGAGACAGAAUGGAUGCAGACAUGGUUGCAGUUCUCCGAAAAGCCAAGACUGUCCAGGCAAGGCUAGAAGCGCUUGAUCGAUCCAACGUGAGCAAUCGCAAAAUCUCAGAAGCAUACAAAGAGGGAACUCCUGUUGAUAGGACAAGGAUGUCGGUCACGAGUGGUUUGAGAGUCAAGCUCAGGGAAAUGAUGAAUGAUUUCCAGUCCCUGAGAGAAAAGAUUCUGUCAGAUCACAAGGAGGAUCUCAAGAGGAGGUACUACACUGCAACCGGUGAAGUACCAAGCGAGGAGGUGAUUGAAAAGAUGGUUUCAGGGGCUGUGAAAGUUCAGUUAUUUGAAGGGAAAACAGAGGUGGAUUUGAGGAGUAAAGAGAGGCACGAGGCCGUGGUGGAUAUUCGCAGGAGCUUGAAUAAGCUUCAUCAGGUCUUCCUUGACAUGGCUGUUCUGGUUGAGACGCAAGGGGAAAAGGUUGAUGACAUUGAAGAGAAUUUGGCCGGUGCCGGUAACUUUAUCAGUGGGGGAACUAACAGUCUUUACUACGCCAGUCAAAUGAAGAAGAACAAGAAAUGGGCUCACUGGGUUUGCGCUGUAGUGCUGAUUAUACUGUUGGUGUGCAUCAUUUCUACGUUGGCUUCUUGAUGGAACAAGGCAGAA